AUGAAUAACAAAAGAUAAACAAUCGAUGAUGCUAUGAAAGCUGAAAAAAUAAAUAUAAAUCCUUAUUAACCUUAGUAAUAAGGUAACUAUCAAAAUUAUUAUGGAUACAAUUCUAAUGUGAAUUACAGAUAUCAAACCAAUAUUCCUACUCAAUAUCAAUAUAAUUAAUAUUAUCAAUAUAAUUAUUAAGGAAAUGCAAAUCAAUGUAAAUUAUUUAUUAAUUACAUAGAACCAAUAAUGCAAAACAGUUAUUAUCGAUCUCCAUAAUAAUUUGUAUAAUAAACUAAUACAUGUUUCAAUUAAUAAUAAAAUAAAUUCUAAGCACCAUAAUAAUAAUAAUAAUAAUUUAAUAAUACUUAAUAACCAUUAUAAUCUGUAUCACAAUAACUUGAAUAAUAAUAAUAAUCAUAAAAAAUUCAAAUUGAAAAUAAUAAUGAUCAUCAAUUUUUACCUCCUGUCAAUAUUUCAGAACUUGAUCAACCUACUAGAUGGGAAAGUGAAUUAAAAGUCUAUACUCAUCUUUAUCGUAAAUUAAAUGUUGAGAUGCCUAAUUUAGUUAGUAUGAUUUUUAAUCAUUAAUUAAAUAGGCGCUAGAUUUUGCAAUUCUAGAGAAGUUUUCAAUGAGUAAUCAUCGAUUACUGUAAAAUAAUAUGUUGAAAGAGCAUUUAAUAAAUGCUAAUCUGAUGAUGAAAGAAACAUCAUGGAAUAAUUUCUAAAAGCCACAAUUACUGAGGCUAAACGAAAGAAUGAAUAUACUACUAGAGAUUGGUCUAAAUUUCCUUUGCCCACACUUCAAAGAGAGAAUUAAAUACGUACUUAGUUUCUUUCAUCAAACUUACCUAUUAAACAAAGCACAGCUAUGGCAUUGUCGUCAUUAGGUUAAACUAGUAAAUUUGGGGCACCAAGUCAAGCCCAACCUUCUGGACCAGCUUAAAGUAAUGGUUCUUAAUAAUAGAAAUUACAGCAUCUACUAAUAUGCACAAUUUGAAAUCAUUAUAUGAUUAAAUGAUUUAGUAAUAAGUUGAAUCAAUUAAUCAAAAUCAUAUGAAAAAUAAGAAAAUUGACUAUAGUAUGGAUUUGGCUAUUUUGUAGAUUGGAAAAUUGUAACCCAAUGCUACUACAUAAAUAAAAUAACAAUAAAAAUAGUUAAAAAAAAGAAUAGAAGAAGAAGACCAAAUUAUUGAAACAAAUAUGAAAAUCAUAGUAUUAUGGAAUUUCAUUUAUUUUUAAGGGGACAUGUGAAGAUUUAGAAAAACCUUAUUUUAGACUAACUGGUUUGCCAGAUCCUAAUAUGAUUAGACCUGAGCAUAUUUUAAAAAAAGCCCUUGUAUAAUUAUUAGAUAAAUGGAAAAAUUGUUAAGCUGAUUACAAUUUUAUAAUUGAAUAAUUUAGAUCAAUUAGAUAAGAUCUAUUGGUUUAACAUAUCGAAAAUAGAUUUACUGUAUAAGUAUAUGAAGAAAAUGCCAGAAUUUGUUUAGAAUGUGGAGAUUUCCCUCGUUAUGAAAGUUGUUGGACAAUGCUAGUAGAUUUAUAUGAAAUGAUCAGUAUUAGUGAAGGAAAAGAUGUAAAUUUGAUUGGAAAUAAAGUUGAAUUUGAUAGUUAUAGAAUAUUCUAUUUAACUAUGUUAAAUAAAUAAGAUUAAUUAGUGAAAAUAUUGCAUCAAAACUUAGAUGAUUAAAGAAUCAAAUUUGCAUUAGGGUAUUUAUAUUAAAUAUUAAAUUAUUUUUAGAUUAAGAGAAUCUUUUAAAUGUGGGAAUUAUGUUAAAUUAUUUAAAGAUUACAAAGAAUCAAGUGAAACUAUGGGGAGUGUUAUUAAUCAUUUUUUAGUAAGAAUUAGAGUUAGGGCAUUGAAAUAAAUUGUUAAAACGUAUAUAAAUCAUAUAAUAAAAUAAUAGUUACAUUUCUAACAUUGAUCUUGAAUACCUUGCUGAUUUAUUAGCAUUCUAAGAUGUUGAAUAAUUUAAAUAAUUUAUGCAAUUUUUUGGUAUCAUAAACUAUUUACUUUUAUAGAUUUAGUAAGAUUUGAUGAAACUUUAAAGUUUUUAUUAAUUAAAUAAAGCAUAAAUGCUUUUGAUAAUAUCAAUUUUGAUAAAAUGAAUGAAUGA